CGCGGAUACUUUUGAGUUCCAACAGGAUUCUGAUCUGUCUGGAAACUGUGAAACAAUCACUUCUGUUCAAUUUCGCAAAAUUGUUAGUUGCAUUGCGACUGAAAUUUUUUAGAAGGGGAAAACUUCUCAUAGAGUUAUCAGAGGGACGUGAUGCAGCACUACGGGGUAAACGGCUACUCUCUGCACGCCAUGAACUCUCUGAGCGCCAUGUACAACCUGCAUCAACAGGCCUCACAGCACGCGCAGCACGCUCCCGAAUACCGGCCCUCCGUGCACGCGCUCACGCUCGCGGAGAGACUGGCAGGCUGCACAUUUUCAGAUAUCAUCUUGGAGGCGCGGUACGGCUCUCAUCACAGGAAACAGCGUCGCAGCCGCACGGCCUUUACCGCCCAGCAGUUGGAGGCUCUGGAAAAAACCUUCCAGAAGUCUCACUACCCUGACGUGGUCAUGCGUGAACGCCUGGCCAUGUGCACCAACCUACCUGAAGCUCGAGUCCAGGUUUGGUUUAAAAACCGGCGUGCAAAGUUCCGCAAGAAGCAACGCAGCUUGCAGAAAGAGCAGCUUCAGCGGUUGAAGGAAGCUGGGGCAGAGGGCACUCCAGAAGAUGGGAAUGGAGAUGCUCUGCUCAUUGAAUCUCAAGCUCCGCCCUCCCCUUCAGAGGGGAGUGGCCUCACAUGUCCCCCUUCCUGUGAGCUGAAUGAGGAGGUUAAUGUCACCUCACCGGAACAGUCAGGGGCGGAGUCAGGAGCUGAGGACAUUAUUGACAAAGAAGAUGAAUCAUUGUCUGUCAAAGAAGAACCAAAAGUGGCUGGUCCACCCCUGGUGACAGACGGAAGUUCGCCAUCCUGCAAAACACUCAGCCCCAAAUCAGACACUCCUUCUCUCACGCUGCCUCCAGCGGCGCCGGGCGGUGGCACUGGACCCAUUCAUUCCUAUGCAUCAUCCCCUCUCAGUCUUUUCCGUCUGCAGGAACAGUUUCGCCAGCACAUGGCUGCCACCAACAACCUCGUUCACUAUCCUCCCUUCGACAUGACCACACCCUCUUCCUUACCCUACCUGGGCGUAAACGUGAACAUGGCGUCUCCGCUGGGAUCACUGACUUGUCAGUCUUACUACCAGUCCCUGUCUCAAGCCCAGCAAAUGUGGAGCAGUCCACUGCUGCAGGCCUCCGGGGCUCUUCCGGCCCUAAAUAGCAAAGCUACAAGCAUUGAAAACCUUCGACUGAGGGCAAAGCAGCAUGCUGCCUCACUAGGCUUGGAUAUGCUACCAAAUUGA